GCCAUUAAUCAACCAAAAUUCAAAAUCCAACCUACCGAAGAAAAAUUCAACCCCUCUGAACAAAUUUCAUCGAAUUGCAGGCGAGAGUCUUGAAUUCCUCGAAACAUGUGGGCCCACCCGUACCGGAAAGAUGACGUGGAGUCCGCCCGGCAGCCGCUGUACCCGAUGAUGCUCGAGAGCCCCGAGCUCCGGUGGUCUUUCAUCCGCAAAAUAUACUCGAUCGUCAGUGUUCAGCUGCUUCUCACCAUCGCCAUCGCUGCUAUUGUGGUCACCGUCGAACCGAUUUCGCAUUUCUUCUCCGCCACUAGGGCUGGUUUGGUGAUCAACAUUAUUCUGAUCAUCACCCCUUUUAUCGUUCUGUGCCCGCUGUAUUCCUACUAUCAGAAGCAUCCCUUGAAUUAUAUCCUCCUUGGGGUGUUCACUGUGUCGCUUGCGUUUGCUGUGGGGUUGACUUGUUCGUACACCAGUGGGAAAAUUAUUCUUGAGGCAGUUAUCUUAACUGCUGUCGUUGUAGUCAGUCUCACUUUAUACACAUUUUGGGCCGCCAAGAGAGGUCAUGAUUUCAAUUUCUUGGGACCUUUCCUGUUUGGAGCUAUUAUCGUACUCAUGCUGUUUGGAGUGAUUCAGAUAUUUUUCCCAUUGGGCAAGAUCAGCUCGAUGAUCUAUGGUUGCCUUGCGUCCAUCAUAUUCUGCGGGUACAUCAUUUACGACACUGAUAAUCUUAUCAAGCGGUAUACGUACGAUGAGUAUAUCUGGGCUGCUGUUGCCUUGUAUUUAGACAUCAUCAAUUUGUUUUUGGCAUUGUUGGAAAUAUUCAGAGCUGCUGAUUCGUAGGAUGUGUAGUAAUAAUGUGCUGACAUUUUGUUAUUUAUUACUCGUUUAUUCUUGAUAUAAAUGUGUCAGUUCCUGGAUUGUAAAAGGGUUGAACGACAUGGAAGGACACUUUUAGUUGUAAGUUGUGCUGAAUUUGUGAUUCUAUGGAUUAAUAAAUGACAAUGUUUAUAUUUAUACAGUUAUACUGAAUAUUGAUUUGGUGUUGUAUAGUAUCUGCUAAAAGGUUCAAUUAUAGAGAAGAUUGGUCCCUCUAGUUAAUGGACUUAGG